AUGUCAGAGGACGACAGUAAUUUUGCUUGCCCUCAAUGCCCAAAAAUUUUUGCAACAAGAUCUAAUUUAAAACGCCACAUGGAAAAUCCCAACAUUCACAACAUACCAUAUGCAAGAAGUCGAGACCAGAAACGAUGGAGUGGCCAUACAAAGAAAGUAUCCUCCAGAGCAGACACCACUGAAAGAAUGCGCAAAUGGAGAGCUGAAAACAGAGACAAGAAUAAACGAAACGAUUUACGAUGCAGAGUGUAUCGACUAGCUCGUCAAAAGUUCGGCGAGGGCGAUUCCGAAGAGAAGCAGCAAUUCAUCAAUGAAGAAAUCAAUAGAAGACUUGGCAGACGCAUGUUGUUGGAACAGAAAAACAAAGAAAAUGCAGCAUCUAAUACGGCUACAGCGACAUCAGAGGCUACAAACACAAACCCAUUUCGCAUUAAAGUCAAGGAUGAGUUCAACAACGACCCUUCCAACACGAGAUCUCCAUCCACAACACCACCACAGCCAGAGACAUUGAACGAAUUGCCAUUCUACUGCGCACCUCUUCACAAGAUUGAACUGCCCUCCAUCAACAUGAACAACAGACGACCUAGUCAAAGUACCGAACCCUCGGGUUAUAUCAACAAAAGUCAGCCUCCUUCGCCAAUUAGUGAUACUGCCAGACAUGAGGAUGAUGCCAACCGAAGACUCAGUGGAUGCAGCAUGAAUUCAUCUUCCAGUAGCAGAUCAUUUAAUUAUACUACUUGCAACAAUACAACAUCACCUAAUAAUACAACACAUAAUUUUAUUAAUGACAAGAGCAAUUUUUCGCCAUCAACAGCAACAACAAGCCCUGAGCAACUUCACGAUACGUUACCACCAAUGCUAGCAUUGUUACCUCCUGUAUCUGGUGGAAACACAACUCGAUUACCUCUACAAUAA